CUCGCGAUAGAGCAGCGGAGCGGUUUGACGGGCAGCCGAGGUUGCAGCAGGCAGAGGGAGACGGUGGAAGGUAACGCAGGGAGGCAGCAUCAUGGCGGACAGAGACAGUGGCAGUGACCACGGAGGGCCCAUCGCAGGCCCCGGCUCGCUGCCCCCAGGCGCGAUGGGCGCCAUGUCCCGGCUGCAGCACGACACCGAGGAGCUCGCCUCCAAGCGUGUCGACAUCCAGAACAAACGCUUCUACCUUGAUGUGAAGCAGAAUGUUAAAGGCCGCUUCUUAAAGAUAGCCGAGGUCGGCGCUGGGGGAAACAAGAGCCGCCUGACGCUCUCCAUGUCCGUGGCCGUGGAGUUCCGCGACUAUCUCGGGGACUUUAUCGAA